ACACCUCUCCUUCUCCCUUUUCAAUUUUCUGUUGUAGCUCUAUAUUUCUUUAGUAGUUUUGCCAUUAACGUUAACUCGUAAGUUAUUUAGUAUUACUUUUUAUUGUUAUAUUUUAUUUUUGAUUUUUAUGAUAUUAACUGAACUACGGUUUUAUCGCAGAUGGCAUUCCAAAAGUUCACGCUUGGCUUAAGGUGGAAUGGUUACACGGAAGAGACCGGAAAGGGGGUCACCUACGUAGGUGACAAUUUUCAAAAGAUAAAGGUCGCUACCAGACCGCUGCUUGAAGACCUCCAUCAAAUGUGCACUAACGUUACUUGCAUGGAUGGCACGAGAAGAGUUGAUCGUAUGGUGUACCGAUAUCCAAACAGAGAAAGUGGGUCAUUGUGGCAUGAGGAAUAUCUCAUAACCACUCAGGAUGAGGUAGAUGCCAUGCUCGAAUUCAUGAGGUCCAACAAUCUUUCCAAAGCCGAGAUGUUCGUUUACACCAAGCCGGUCGUAGGCGUUGGAGGUCAUUCUGGACACGGUCAAAUAUCUGGUAUCCAUGGUGGAGGUGAAUUAUAUGGCGAUCAUCCCUACCAAAGUUACCAUGAUCCUCAUUCAUAUUUUCAGUACCAAGAGCAAGGUGAAUGUCAUCAUCAAUCUUUCCCGUCAUAUGAAGAAGAAGUUCAACUGGACCUCCCCAACCAACCUCAGUACAACUUCCACUCAGGCAGCGGUAGUUUUCAAAACUACCAUUAUGGAGCUGAUGAAGGUGCCUUUCAUGAGCUGGAUCAGAUGGAGGAUGCCCUACCAGCACCAGUCAGUGACCCCUCUGAUGAAGAAGGAGAGAACAACGUCAGUGCAGACAGCUCCGACCCUCUUGAAGGUGCUGAUGAUUCAGGACCAGAGUCAGACUCAGCUAAUGAUGAUGAGGUGGCUCGUGACCGUGUACCAGUCCCCUACUACAAUCACAUUCCAGACGACAAUUGGAUGGUCGACAGCGACAUGGAGCCGCCAGAGGUCCCAAUAUGGGGUCCACUCACUGGGUUUAUGAAGGGCCAACAAUUUGGCUCGAAGAAGGAGGUGCGGCAGGCCAUUGAGACAGAAGCAAUGACUCGGCAUUUUGAAUGGCACACAACUCAUUCCAACACUAAAAGGCUCAUAGUCAGAUGCCGUAAUCAUCACGAGGGGUGCAAUGUUAGGAUUCGGGCCAUCAACAUCAAGAGACACGACCACUGGGUCAUAUCCCGUGCGGUGAACACACACACAUGUGUGUCAUCCAUAACUUCCCAAGGCCAUCGACAGUUGAAAUCCAGGGUGGUUGCUGCGGCUAUCAAGCAUCUAAUUGAGCAAGAUGGGUUAGGAUGAUCACUCACGCACACCGGUUUGCCGUCGAUGGGCAGAUGGGUUAGGAUGGCGACAUCCUUUAGCGUGAUGGUGGCCUCUCCUUCUCUAAAGUUGAAACAAUGGGUCUCCUUUCUCCAUCUCUCAACUAAUGCGGUGAUGAGUUGGCGAUCAACUUUGAUGCCGUUAAAAUGCCUAAUCGGGUCCAACCGUGCCCUUUUGAGAAAGGGCAAGAUAGCUGGGUGGAAUGGGAGCACAUUGGUCGUACCCCUGUAGCGGAUUAUUGUUUGUGCCUCCUAGGGAAAAUUUACACGUUAAUUAUUAUAUAUCAGUAAGGGUUUUUUCCUUAUAACUAAAUUAAUUAAAUUAAAUUAUUUAA